AUGACAGUAAUCAAAAAGCUCAUCACUGUGUUCGGCGGUACCGGCAAUCAAGGAAGCGCAGUGGUGCGGUCACUACUCUCCCAUAAAGAUCAUAUCUUUGAAGUGCGGGUCAUCACGCGCGACCGAGAGUCUCCAAAAGCCCAAGAGAUUGCUAAACUGGGAGCUGAACUCGUGGUCGCGGAUGGACGUGAUCGGAAACAGACGACUGCUGCCUUUCAAGGAAGCUGGGGUGUUUUCAUCAACAGUAACUCCGACGGUCCUGACGACGAAGACAGCCUCGACGGCCCUAAUAUUUAUGACCUGGAUACCGCCAUCCUGGAUGCUGCGGAAAUGGCCAAUGUAGAACAUGUGGUCUACAGCUCAGCGGCGAAUAUCCAUCGAGCCACAAAAGGUCGGAUUCACAUUUCAGGAUUUGAUUGCAAAAGCUUAGCUGAGGACUAUGCUCGGAGCCAGAAGAAAUUUACCACGUUCGUCCCUGUACUUCCUGCUUCAUUCAUGGAAUGUUGGGGUGAGGAAUCUUUCUGUAGGGUUUGGGGUGGAUUCCCCUGGUAUCGUGAUGGCAGGGAGAAAGUGACUCUGGCCAUUCCUCCAUACGGUGGCGAUGGCCAGAUGCCCUGGGUCAGUUUGGAAGACGACUUUGGCGACAUUGUCCACGGAAUCUUCCUGAAUCCUUCACGCUACAAUGGAAAUCAUGUCCAGGCAAUCAGUCAGACAAUCUCGUUCGAAGAUUUGGCUGCAGCAUUCACAGAAGCUACUGGCACCGCCGUCGACUAUCAGCCGCUGGCUUCCUGGACUAAAGUCCAUGAUGAUGGAACUCAUCUGUGUCGAGAAUCACGUAUGAUGUUCUUUUAUAUGAACUUUUGUGGUGGUAAGUGGUACGCCGAAUACGCCACCGACACUACAGCGGCUAUUGAGUGUAAGCGAGCUGCCAGAGAAGCGCAGGGACAUUCAGCGGACAAUCUUGUCAAUUUCAAACAAUGGUUCACAAAGGGAGCCGCGAAUCACCGCGAAUAG